AUGGGUUCUUCAAAAAAAAACAAAAAAACAAUUGCAUGCAAUUUGCCUUUAAUAGAAAUCCCAACGACAGGUUUUAAAGUUCUUCCAAUAGAAGUUAGUUACCAUAGUAAUUUAAAUGAUAAAGAUUCUUUGAUAAGUGCAAAUCAUUAUUGUUAUUUCAAACAACAUGAAUCACACACUAACAACAACAAAAAUGAUGAUAAUUUGCCUGCGGAUAAAACAUUAUUUAUAACAAAUUUACCUGUCGAUGCAACAGAAUUGCAUAUAAAGGAGUUAUUUAAAGAGUGUGGUAUAAUAAAAAAAGUACGCAUUCAUAAGACGGCUGGAUCUCCUGCUCAUAUAAUAUUUCAAAGCUCUGAUGGUCUUUCAAAAGCAUUAAAUAUGGUUCAAAAGAGAAGAAUAUGGAGUGCUAUAGAUGAAAAAGUAAAAGAAAAAGGAGAAAAACAUGUUCCUAAACUAGGAUUAUCUAAAUGGAUUCAAGAAUAUUAUUCACUUUAUACAGAUCCAAAAGAUCUUCAAGCUAAAAUUGAUGAUUUUAUGUUAAAUUUCGAAAAAACAGAACAAAAAAAACGUAAAGAACUCGAGGAAAGAUUAAAUAAGCCAGAUGAAGAUGGAUUUAUCACGGUGACAAGGGUAGGAAAACGCAGUGUUAACACAGAUGGUAAAAUUAGUGUGACAGCAAUUAAACCUGAAGAUGUUAAAAAUCUAAAACCAAAGAAUAAAGAAUUAGAUGAUUUUUAUAGAUUUCAAUUACGUGAGACUAAAAGAAAUAAAUUGGUGGAGCUUAGAAAGAAAUUUGAAGAAGAUAAACAGAAAAUUGCAAAACUUAAAGAAUCAAGAGGAUUUAAACCCUAUUAA